UCAGCGGAGCCGCAUCAAAAAUUUCAAUCGCCGGUCGUGUUUUAAACGCUAUGAAUCGCCGAAGUUACUCAUCUACUCGAUGCAUCUCCGCAGAAUCUCUAAAUCCUCGCUCCGAUGAUUCCACUUCAGGUCUCCGAGCUUCUUCAAGGAAGAAAAGGCUAAAGGAGGAAGAUUUGGAGCCCUUGGAGAAAGACUCCACCAGAGGAAUCAAUUCUGCCCGUAAAGAUACGUUUGCAUUACCUGAUAUAGAAGACUCUCCUUACAAUAAGACUAAUGAUGGAUCUGCUUCAUCUCGGACGUCAAUACUAAACUCAUACAUAAAAUCAACUGAAGCUAGCACUUCUUCGUCUUCCAUCAAAACAUCAGGCAAACCACCUGAUGACUGGGAAAAGGUGAUCGAGGCUAUUCGAAAAAUGACAUCUUCUGAAGAAGCACCGGUUGACAUUGUUGAACGUGAUAGAACCGGAAGCUUUUUACCUCCUAAGGAAAGGCGAUUCUAUGUGCUUAUAGGAACACUUCUUUCAAGUCAGACUAAAGAUCACGUAACUACUGCGGCAGUAGACCGUCUUCUUCAGAAUGGCCUUCUCACUCCCGAAGCCAUUGACAAAGCGGAUGAAUCAACCAUUAAGGAGUUGAUCUAUCCGGUCGGAUUCUAUACUAGAAAAGCUACUCAUGUGAAGAAAGUUGCAAAAAUUUGUCUAACUAAAUAUGACGGUGACAUUCCAAGCACUUUGGAAGAACUACUCUCACUUCCAGGAGUUGGUCCUAAGAUUGCUCAUCUGGUUUUGCACGUAGCCUGGAAUGAUGUUCAAGGAAUAUGUGUAGACACACAUGUGCAUCGUAUUUGCAAUAGACUUGGUUGGGUGUCUAAACCAGGAACGAAACAGAAAACCUCUUCCCCCGAGGAAACUAGAGUAGCUCUGCAACAAUGGCUUCCAAAAGAAGAAUGGGUCGCUAUUAACUUUCUGUUGGUAGGUUUCGGACAAACGAUAUGCACACCGCUAAGACCACGAUGUGGAACCUGUAGUAUCACUGAGCUUUGCCCUUCCGCCUUCAAGGAGACCCCAAGCGCAUCAUCCANUGUUGUUCUU